GCGAGCAGAAGCAGUGUGAGGGAGCGUUUCCCCUGGGCUGGCAGCGCCCAGCUCUCCCUCUAUUCACUUGUUCCGCUCCCGCAGCGCAACUUAUGGCUCUGGGGCAGUCAGGGCUGGACUUGCCCAUGGGGGCAGCGGGGGCUUAGAGGCAACUCCGCCGGUAGAUGAGACUUGUAGCGAGAUUGUCGCACUCGGCUUGUCAUUUGGGACACGCUUUCUGCUGGCAGGUUCCGACUUAGUCGCAGCCGCAGCUCCCUGACAUGCCCAUUCGCAAGAAACCGACCUCCUGGCAGGAGGAUGUAGCCAGGGGCUUCUCCAGGUUCUUCUCUAGGUCUUCAUCUCAGGAAAGAGAGGAGGAGGCUGAGAAAACUUCUGGAGAUGAGCAGGAGCAGGCAGAUUCCACCUUAUCCAGGUUCUUCUCCAGAGCAUCAUCUUCUCAAGAGAAGGACAAGAAGUUGGCCAAUGAGAAGUCAGCAUUAGAGGAAAGUACAGAGGGGCAUCAGAGCCCAUCCAGGUUCUUCUCCAGAGCAUCAUCUACUCAAGAGAAGGACAAGAAGUUGGCCAAUGAGAAGUCAGCAUUAGAGGAAAGUACAGAGGGGCACCAGAGCCCAUCCAGGUUCUUCUCCAGAGCAUCAUCUACUCAAGAGAAGGACAAGAAAUUGGCCAAUGAGAAGUCAGCAUUAGAGGAAAGUACAGAGGGGCAUCAGAGCCCAUCCAGGUUCUUCUCCAGAGCAUCAUCUACUCAAGAGAAGGACAAGAAGUUGGCCAAUGAGAAGUCAGCAUUAGAGGAAAGUACAGAGGGGCAUCAGAGCCCAUCCAGGUUCUUCUCCAGAGCAUCAUCUACUCAAGAGAAGGACAAGAAGUUGGCCAAUGAGAAGUCUGCAUUAGAGGAAAGUACAGAGGGGCACCAGAGCCCAUCCAGGUUCUUCUUCAGAGGUACAACUCCUGACAAGGAGGCCAAGGACAAAUCAUUUACCCCAGAGGAGCAGGAGAAGGGUCUGAACCUGUCUAAACUCUUCUACAGAGGGACACCCCAGGGCAGCAACAAUGUAUCCAAUACUGAGGAACCGGACUCCUUCAGCUCUAUGGCAAGCCGUCUCUCUGUGACAUUCUCCCAGGAAGAUGAAAGUGGCACAGUCAAGAGCAAAACAUCCAAAAUCAACCUCAGCAGCCAAGAAGAUAAGAGCCCCAUCACAGUGAGGGAUAACAAAGAGCAUUUGCCACACCCAGAAGCAGAUCAGAAUAAAGAAGAGGAAAGCAGGACUGAUUGGAACCAUGAUGCCAAAUCUCUCAGUCAGGAGAAACAACCAAAGGAGAAGAUCCGUGAGUUCUUUGGACAACUCUUCAGCUUUACCUCAAAAUCUCCAGUGGCGAGUCCCAAGCAGACCCCUGGGAACCAAGAACCUUGCAGGGAAAGCCAAGAUGAGCCAGUUAGGCAGAACUUGGAAGAAGAGUUUGUUGGGGUGGAACAACGAUUCCAGGAACCUGAUCCAAUUGCUCAGGCCACUCAGGCCACAGAAGAUGGACCUGCUAGUAGAGAAAUAGACCUUGGUGCCAGUGACAAUAAGCAGACAGCGGAAGUUUUAUCCCAAGAACAGGAGGAAAGUCCUGCACCUUCUCCAAUACCAAAUACUUCUAAUCUGGAACCACCAUCUAUAACUUAUGGCACCUACCGAGGGUCCAAAAAAAUAAGAAAACUUCUCAGAAGAAGGGCGGAUGUCAACUCUCCAAUCCUUGAGAAGGAAGAGGUCCCUGACACAGAGACAACAACCACCUUGCUCGAUUACAGUACUGAUAGUGACAUUACCCCAUAUCCUACAUCACAUCCUGAUGUAAAACUCCAUGGAGGGCCUAAUGAGGAAACUUCUGAAAACAGUAACAAACUGCCACCUAAUCUAGAGAGAAACACAAAGUCCGAAGAAUCUUUUCAACUAGAAACCCAUCACUAUUCAUAUAAAAAACAUUCAGAUGAUGUGCCAAAAGAUACACUUUGUAACUCAGAAACUGUAACACUUAUAGAGCAUGGGGCAAGUGAAAGAACCAUCUCACAGGGCCUAGAGCCAGACGGAGACGACAGUUUAAUGAUCCCAGAUAAUAUACAAAAUUCAGGCGUUAUUAAGGAUUUGCAACCAGAUAUGGCCAUCAUUAAUAAUAAUAAUAAAAACAGCUUUGAAGCAAAUAAUGUUGAAGCUCUUCAGAAUGAAACACAGCCUCAGGUAGAAAUAGCUGCAGAUGCAGAUAAAAAGUCAAAGACAAUAACAGUUUUGCAACAUGAUGCAGGUGAAAUAUCAAACAUCACAAAUGUUCUGCAACCAGAUGAAGUCAACUUCUCAAAGACUAGCGGUAUCUCACUGUCACUUACCGACAAUAACUCAAAUAUAAUAAGUAACCUAGAGACUGUAAAUAAAUCAGAUAUUACAAAACCUCUGCACGAAUUUACAUCCAUCACAUCAAUAUAUCAAACAGAUUUGCAGUCAGAUAAAGAAGAGAACUGGAAUGCCCCCUUAGAACCAAAGGUAGACACAGAAAAAGAUUCUGAGAUUGCAGCAGGAUUACAAACAAGUCCCGUGGGUUUAAAGGCUCAGCAAACUGAUGCUAGUAAAACAUCUAUACUUGGUGAGGUUCAGCAAAUAACUGCAGCUGAUGUCUUGGAUAUCUCAUUGGGUUUGCAAGAAAAAACAGAGAAAUUAUCAUUGAUCAUGGAUCAGCAACCAUGUGCAGAAGAGACAUUUAAAAAGGAAGAGACUUCAGCACAGAAUACGCAAUCUGAUUCCAUGCCAAAAAUGGAGUCCUUAGGACUAGUAGAACAAGUUCAUCCUUCAUCUAAUUCUAAAAUAAAUAACAAUACUUUGGUUAAUAUUUAUGCUGAUAUUGAUGAUUCCACCAAAAAUAAUGAAACAGAAGAAUCUUCUUUACAUGCAGAAGCAAAGAUAGCUCAUGAAACCCUUCCCACUUCUCAGAUCACUGGUCACUUAGGGAGCGAUAAUGACAAUAAUUCCGUAAAUUCUGAUGGUGGCUUUGAGCAUUUGCAGCACAAUGAAUUUAUCAUUUCACAAUCUGUACAAUCUCAAGUACUAGAUAGCCCCUUAACUGAUGAAAGCUAUAAAAAUGUGGUCCCUCAAUCCAGCAAAAAUAGUGUUUGUGUUAAGGAAUCUUUACACAAUGUCAACCUUUUUGGAAAACCAGAUAUCAGUGAUAUACCUGAUGCUGCAGAAGUUCCUAUUGCUGCUAAUAACAAUAUUUCAGAUGAUCACAACAAACAUCAUAAUAACGUGCCCCCUGAUACAGACACCAGUUUUAACUUCAGUGCAUCCUUUAGUGAUGACGGUUCUGAAACAACUCUUCUACAUGAUGAGAAAUGUAAAAGUCAUUUGAUAACUGAUUAUCAGACCAACAACAUUGGUUCUUUAUCUAAUUCAUCUCUAAAUGAAGAAAAUAUCAGAGAAGCUUUAGAUGUUGAUUCGAUAGAUGAGGGCCAUUUUCCUACUUUUGCAAUACCUUCCACCUCUUCGUCAUUUGCUAGUGCAUAUGUUGAUGAGCAAUGUAAGAGCUCUUUGCCUUCUUCCGACAGUGUUGAUUCGGGGCUUAUAUCACCAGCGUGUACACCAGAUGAAAAUAUUAUUUACAAUGAUAAUAAACUUGCUACACUUGAUGUCAAUGACCAAGGAAACAAUACAAUUGUUGAGCCAGAUAAAACAGUGUAUGAUUUCUGUAAUGUAGGAACUAUAGAUGUUAAAAAUACAAGUCAAGUGGACAACAUGUCUACAACAGAAGAAGUUAGUGGCCUAAGUGAAACAAAUACAAUACAGGGUACAAAUGUAGUAACUGUAAACAAUAUCUCACCUAGGUUGGAAAAUGAUACCACCACUGCAAAAACUGCUCCUACACUUAAAGAAAGAAUUGGAAAGCUUUCCUCUAAUCAGAUAUCACAACCUAAUUCAAAAGAUGUUUACAUUGCAAAAGUUUCAGUGAAAUCUAUAGAUGUUAAAGAGGUGAAAAUUGCUCCUUAUAAUUUCCAGUCCGAAAUCAUAACGAUCACAAAACUUCCAACUCCAACAUUCGAGCCAGAAUACAUACAAUUAUCAGUCCCGUCUCUUCCACCCAUGGAGGCAAAGAAUGAUCUCCAAGAAUUUCAGCAGGAACAAGAUAAUGAAAAAGUCACCACAAUAGAGAAAAGUUCCUUCAGACAUUUUAAACCUAAGUCUGAUAACUCCUCUAAAGUAGAACCAGACACUGAAGCUGUACAAAAUAUAUUGCCAGCACUAACAAAUAACUCACCUGAUGUGACCAUAGAAAAUAUAAAAAAUAACAAUUUUACUGCUCUCAUGAGAUCGAGUAAUGACAAUUUUAUGAAUAUGUCAUCUCUUACAGGGACACAUGAUAAUGACAUAGAUAAGAUAUUAUUGUCCACUUGUGUUUCUGAAUUGGAAACAAAAGAUGUAAAUCUACAAGGUUUAGAGCCAAAGGAAACAAACAUAUAUAGUGAUUUUUCAUUACAAGCUAAAGUAAAUUCCUCCAAUGAAAUGAAUGGAACUUCUCCAUCGUCACCAACAGAUUCUACAAUUCCUGAGAAGGAUACCAUGCAACUGGCAACAGAACAUUCAGCAUUGUAUGAUACCUUAUUACAGCAAAAAGCUAAUGAACUUAUUUGCACUGUUCUAAAUAAAGCUGUGGAGGAAAUGACCCCCAAUAAUUCUACAUUAAACACUAUAUCAACAACUGAGAAUGGAUGUUCACUACUUUCUCCAGUUUCAGAAGCAAAUGAUAUUAGUAAUUUGAAGAGUUCAGAACAUGGCAAAAAAAAUAAUGAAUGCCCCAAUGCUAUCAAUGACACAAGCUCUAAAGUUACAGAUAAUCAGAUGAAUGAUUUGUUGAGCGAACGUAAGCUUGAAAGUCAAAACCAAAUCCAUACAGAAAAAACUGAAGAUAACCACAUGCCGAGUACUAUUGCAGAACUGGGUUCUUGUGGUAAUGAUCAGGUAGAUCAUAUUCCGACCGGUUCUUUUAUAUCCCUGAGUAAUGAAAACUCAGACAUAGGGGCCAUAAUGUUAAAUUCAGCAAAUGUAGAGGGAAAUGCUGUUUUGGACAAUUCUAAUGUUAGUGUUGCAGUCAUUUCAAAUGAAGCACCUACAGAUCUAGAAAUAGAAAUACCAAUCACGCAGAGUAGUUCACUUGGUAUGCUAACAGAUCAUAGCAAUGAAGCUGAAAUAGGUAAAAUAUUCAUUUCUAACAAUUCUGAGCUGGAACAUGAAAACGAUGAAUCAAAUAUAAAUGAAUCUGACCUUCAUAGUGAAAGAAUUCCCAAAGAGCUUAGACUGUCAGAUGAUACAUUGCUUUCAUCCACAUCACAAAAUGACAGAACUAAUGUUGAUGAAAUUAACCACUCAACUAAUGAGCUAUUGACACAAACGUCUGAUGAAGCCACUAAAGUUGACCAAGCCAAGAAAGACACAAAUAGAAUUUCAUCCACAUCACAAGAUGAUAGAACUAAUGUUGACAAAAUUAACCACUUAACUAAUGAGCUACUGACACAAUCAUCUGAUGAAGCUCUAAAAGUUGAGCAAGCCACAAAUGAACUUUCAUCCAUAUCACAAAAUGAUAGAACUAAUGUUGACAAAAUUAACCACUUAACUAAUGAGCUACUGACACAAUCAUCUGUUGAAGCUCUAAAAGUUGACCAAGCAACAAAUGAACUUUCAUCCAUAUCACAAAAUAAUGAAAUGAAUCAGUCAGCUAAUGAACUAUUGACACAAAAACCCGAUGAACCCCCAAAAGUUUACCAAACCAAGGAAGACACAAAUGAACUUCAGAAUUGUGAAAAAGGAGACAGAUUUGUUGCAUCUGACAUUAUAGAAGUAAAUCACUCUUCUUGUGAUAAUAAUUCCCAACAUGCCACCAACAGUGGCCCUGCAGUAGUCAGCCAAGAAAAUGCCUUUGCAGAUGAAUUAUACCAAAAUGAUGAAAGAAUAUACCCAACAAGUAAUGAUCCUUUUGUUUCCAUGGCUAAUAAAAUCGUAAGUGAUACUAUCUUCUCUGCUAAACAAAAUGUAAUUUCUAGUAUGUUACAAACCAGUUUGAACAAGAACAUCGAUGGGAAAAUUCAGUCUGAAACCUCUAACACUGCUCAGGUGGGCGUGACUGGGACUGAUAAUAUAACUACUCAGAGCACACAAAAUUCAGAUCCAGUUAUAUCAUUAUGUGGAGUGGGGAAGGAAUAUAAUAUAACUUCUGAAUUGACCAACACCGAUGGUGAGCAGAACCAGUAUAUUUUAAAUGAGAGUAAAAAUACUUUUGAAGGCACUGUACAUGGCCGUGACAUAAUCACAGAAAUGGAAAAACCCACCGAUAGUCCACAUUUAGCAUGGUCUCUGGGCACAGAUGAAGAUUCUCACUCUUACGAAGGCUUGAAUAAUACAGGUAUACUUAAAAAUACUGAAGAUCCACAGACUACGGUGGUUAAUUAUUUAGGUCUUUCGGGUGAGGUAGAAGAGGAAGCAGUCAACAUGGGAACUACUGACUUCUUCAAUCCCUUCCAGUUUUCUAUACAUCAGGCUAACAUAAUUGAAAUUAGUGAAAAUGAUGAAGACCAAGAUAAUAAUGAAUGUUAUGUGUGUGACAGUGAAGAGUCUUCUGAUUCAUAUGUGGUUGUACAAGCUAGGCGGAGACGGUUUUAUCCUUUUUCUUUGUCUCCAAUAUAUGAAGAUGAGAGUUCUUCGGAGGAUAUUUUAUCCACAAGUGCAUCACCAAAGCACACUGAAGCAGAUCAGUCCGACUGCAAUUCAAUCUUAACACUUCUUCAGUCCGUGUCAGCUCGCCUAAAACAAACCAACGCAUUGGAUAAAGAAGAAGUGUUCCAUGAAGAAUGCCAUUCGUUGGCUGAUAAGAGUUCACAAAUUUUACAUGAGCAUUCAAAUAUGGAUGCAGCUGAGAAACUGGAAGACACGUCUAAAGCACAAGUUGUUGACCAACCAAUACUUCUGCCGCCACAAAUUCCAACACGCUCCAGUUUAUUCAUAACAAAAACAAUGCCAGAAAUUAAGUCUCUGACAGGUGCAGGGCGGCAGUCCAUUCUCAUGCAACUGACCAAGAAACCAUUUGUUUUAAAUUCAAAACCUAGUGGUGAAGCCUUGUCACCUACAGCCCCAGAGGAGUGUCCCGCUUUUCAAAAAAUAGAGAAUUCCAAUGUCAUAAAAUCAAAUUUUAGUACGGAGUCUGCUCCAAUUCAACCUUCUGUAUAUAAACCAGUAGAAGAAUCAAAUGAACUUAUGCAAAAAAACAAAGUGGAAACAAAUUCACACCUGGAAUCAACAAGUGUACACUUUCAUUCUAAUCUCAACAGUCAAAACUAUUCAAGUCCUCCAGAAACUAAAACCAUUAGUUGUCAAGAAAACGUAGACACUUUGGAACAAGAUGAUUUACCCAGCCUACCAAAUCUAAAAUCUAGUGUACCUCCAGCACUUGAGCACAAUUCUUCCUUACAGGAGGGAGUGGAUUCCAGUUUUCUAAACCCUGAUUUUAAGACAGAAGUUGUCUCAAAUCCUCUUUCUUCUACAUCACAAACAGCUUCAGAAUCGGUUCUGCCCAUCCAAAUACCUGAUAUGGAACACAAAUCACAACACACAAUGCUGCAAAACUAUUCAAGCCCAUCAGAAACUGGAGAAGGUGAUUUUCAGAAGUUAGGUUCUUCUCAACAAAAUACGCAAGCUCCUCUGAUGAGUGCUGUACAUGGAGACACCGUAAAGCACAACCCGAGGCCUGGAAAAGUGGUUAUCUCUGAUAUCCUCGACCACGAAAACAAGACUGAAGUAAAUGCCGACAUUAUCGACGCAUCCUCUUGGAUAUUCCCUAAUGGAGUAAACAUCCGAGUAAUUAGAGGAUGCUGGACUUUGUAUGAAAAACCCAAUUUUGAAGGACUCGCUCACGUACUGGAGGAAGGAGAAGCAGAGCUGACCUACCUUUGGGAAGUUCCACAAUCCACAUCUGAGCCAAAUACCAUUAAAAUAGGUUCCAUUAAGAGAAUUGUUAAGGACUACAUACCAGAGAUAAUACUCUUGCCGCAGUAUCCCAUAACUGGCUCAUCCAUUCAUCUGCUAACAGAGGUCCCGACCAUAGAAAGCCUGACCUAUCACAUGCAUCAUUCCUUGGUGGUGAAAUCAGGAGUUUGGCUGGCCUAUUCUCAGCCUCAGUUUAGUGGCUCCGUGACUGUUCUGGAAGAAGGGUCUGAAAUACCUAAAAUUCAGGAAUACGGUAUCAGAUCGGUCCGCCCUCUAAAAAUGGGAGGAUUAAAAGUGCAGAUGCCCAGUGACCCCAAGAUAAUCCUCUAUGGGCAGCCAUGUUUCCAAGGGUGGUCAAGAGAACUGACUGAGCAUAUUUACAGCAUCAAGUCCCUUCUUUCUGAUGGCGACGAGCAAGAAAUCGGAUCAGUUCGAGUCCUUGGGGGCAUAUGGGUCGGCUAUGAUAUGGAAAGGUUUAAAGGGCGGCAGUAUCUGCUGGAAGAAGGAGAGUAUCCGGACUGGCAGUCGUGGGGUGGAAUUAACAGUAGUCUGCAGUCCAUGAGAUAUCUCCAGGCUGACUUCAUGGAGGCAUCUGUUACUCUUUAUGAAUCAGAUAGAGAAGAUAUGAAGCAACUAGAGGCCAUCAAUCUGGGAAUUCCUGAUGUGGAACAGGCUGGCUACGGCCCAGAAACCCAGAGUAUUCAUGUGAAAAAGGGAAUGUGGGUUGCCUAUGAACAAAAGCAUUUCUGUGGCCAGCAGUAUAUUCUGGAGAAAGGCAGAUACAAGAGUUGUGCCGACUGGGGAGGACAUAAUAACACAAUCAUGUCAUUAAGACCAGUUCUGUUGGAGCCUUAUGGGAGCAAUGAUCCGAAACAUUUGAUAAAAGCGUACAGUGGCUUGAAUUUCCAGGGAGAGAGCGUGGAUCUCACACAGGAAGUGACGGAUUUUAAGGCAUUUACACCCAGUUCAUUUAAGGUUCUAAGGGGAUGCUGGCUCCUGUGUUACCAAGGGGACAUGUCUGACAACCUGUGUGUUUUGGAAGAGGGGCAUUUUCCAGACAUGGCAUCCUGUGGCUGCCCAGCGGCUGUGAUCAAGUUUAUCCAGCCAAUAGAUUAUGUGUUUGCUGAGCCCUCCAUCAGUCUGUUUGCCCUGGAUUCAUGUGAAGGGAGAGAACUGCACUUUGAGGAGGCUGUAAAUUCUGUUCUUAGUCGGGACCUUCACUUUUAUACCCAGUCAGUGUGGGUAAGAAGUGGGCUGUGGAUUGCUUAUGAAGAAGCCAAUUUCUUAGGAAGGCAAAUACUGCUGGAAGCUAAGAAAAUUCUCAACUGGGCAGAAUUCAGUGGCUGGAAAGCCAUCGGCUCUCUCCGACCUUUAAAACAGCCAGCCGUGUAUGUGAGGAUAAAGAAUCGGCACAAUAACAAAUACUUGACUGUUACUGGAAAACUGGCAGAUACCAGAGCCAUGUCUGUUUGCGUAUCUCCCAGGAACGGGCAAUACACUCAGAUCUGGCAUUUCUGCCGAGGCCUUAUGAAAUCCAAGGCUAGUGACUCCUGCCUGGAUGUCAUAGGAGGCAAAAAUAUUCCCGGUUCAAAAGUAUCCCUGUGGCAAGAGCAUGGAAAGCUCAGGCAGAAAUGGAGGAUCAACAAGGACGGGACAAUUACUUCUUGUUUAAGUGAUGAACUUGCUCUGGAUCUAAAAGGAGGUAAUUAUUACGAUCAGAAUCAUAUAGUGGUAAAUCACCUCCAGCCGAACCUUCCCAGCCAGAAAUGGGACGUGGAAAUAUUAUGAUCAGGAAGUGCCAAGGAGCUCGGACCUCUGAAUGUCUCCUGUGCGAAUGCUUCACGCUCAUAUGUACAAAACAAAGGGAAACUACUGAAGUCGUAUCUCACUGGAACGCCUUCCAAUACAGCGGCACUGGCCCGGGAAAGUGGAAAUUAUAAACUGGAGAUGAGCCUAUGCUGUGUUAAGCAAUGAGCGGUUAUGGAAAUACCACAAAGAAGUGCUUUCUACCUUAGAUAUCCCCUGUGCCUAUGCCGCUUACUGCUACGGAAAAGUCUGCGUUGGGACAAACCCUCUCAUUGGUUUCCUGGCUUCUUCCUGUCAGUAAUGACUUCUGUUCUUCCCAGUCUGGCGGCACAUAAAAGGAAAAUGCCAUAAGGCCACUACUUACACACACACUGUACAAACACUUAUAAGAGAAAGAUCUCUAUUGUACAUACAUAUCAUACAUAGGAAAUGUAUAUUUUUUACCUGUAUCAUACAUAUAUAUAUAUUUGCUUGUACAGGAUAUAAAAAAGAUUCUAUUUAUAAAUGUC